GAAUUGGCUGUUCACCAUGAAUUGGUAACUAAUCUUUGCUGAAUAACAUGUUUGAUGCAAUGCGAAGCAGUUAGCAUUGUGUGUGGUGCCGGAUUACCGUGUAUAGAGAGAACUAAACUAGAGGUGUGACAAGCUGCUAAAGUUGCUCCAUCUCUUACUUGCAAUGUCAUGGAAUAUUGCAAGUUGUGUAUCUGAGGAAAACAACAUCAACCUUGAGAGACACAGCAGUAACAAGGGAUGCCCAUGCACUAAAAGUAGGAGUUUCUUCAUAGUCUGAGUCGAUUACUUGUGAGUCUUUUGAGAGCUUUAUUUCUACCCCAGAUGCAAUGUAACGUAGGAAAUCGUACCACUGAAUGAAAAUUUAAGUAUGCAUCUUUUCCUUUACACUUGAUGUAAAAUUGUUUGUAUUGAUUGCACAGGCAGUCUGCAAGCUUCACCAAGCCAUCAUCCUGUUCCUUAGAGAUUAUAUUAAAAACCUGUUUUCUCCAGGGUACAUCUCUAGUUGUGGUAGCUUCUCUACUUCUUCAGUUAAUUUUCUCACCAAUGCUAGAUUAUUUUAUUCAGUAGCAAGCUUUUGGCAACUUCUAUCACAGUUGCUUUGCUGUGUUCAUGUUUCUUUGCUUUUCUUCAUUUUGCAAGAGCUAGCCACCUGGACCUAUUCUACCAAGUGUGCUUGCACAAUGCAUGUAAUUAACCACACUGUUUUGAUUGUGGUUGUAGGCCACUUGAGAUGUGGGCGUUUUACACAUGUAGUAUGACGUGGCAUGACACAGUGAGAUAACAACACGUUUGUAUGGGCUGUAUAGUAGUUGCUUACUCCUAUUCAUGUACUCCUGCUGAUAGUGAUAGGUGUGUCUAAGUGUUUGUAGUAAGUUGUGAAACCGCACAGUUGCACAGCUUGUGCAUGGCUUAGCGAUUUGAUUAUGUGGUUUCACACAUCCGUCCUCUAACCACUAACCACUUAUCAAUGCAAACAUGCAGCACUUGACUGCUGCACAAGUAGCUCAAGCAGUGUAAUUAAAUUUGCCAGACAAUGAUAUAUCGGCUGGUCCACGAGAAUACACUCUGCUCUCUCUGUAACUUCACCUCUCUGUAACUCCACCUCAGAUCAAGCUUUCUAUAUAUACAGUAAAGAAGACAAUGGCUGUAAAUCCACAAGCUUUCGAGCAGUUCACUCUGAGACAAAUUCGCAUCACUGAGAAUGAGUUGGGACAUGGUUCCUACGCUGUUGUCAUGGAGCUAGAGUAUCGAGGACUGAAAUGUGCCGGCAAGAAGCUUUACCGAGUUCUCUACGAGACUGGAAUCGGGCAUGCAGCACGAAGGUAUCUGGAGGAGUGUCACCUGCUCAGUCAAACUAGGCACCCCAACAUUGUCCAGUUUCUGGGAGUCUGUUUUGAGGAAGGCUCUCAGUUCCCCAUCCUAGUCAUGGAGUUCCUCCCCACCAACUUGACCAGCUGUCUCGAGCGCUACGGUAUUCUCCCUGAUGAGAUCAACUUCUCCAUCCUCCAUGACGUCUCACUGGGCCUGGUCUACCUCCAUGGCCAAACACCAAUCAUUGUGCACAGAGACCUCUCAACCAACAAUGUCCUCUUGUCCACCAACAUGACGGCCAAGAUAUCCGAUCUGGGGGUUGCUCGAAUAUUAAACCUGACCCCCCUUCAAGUGAGUCGAAUGACGGAGACCCCUGGCACCCCAGCAUACAUGCCCCCCGAAGUGAUGUUUGCCAACCCCCACUACAACACCAGUGUGGAUGUGUUCUCCUUUGGGAUCAUGAUGAUUCACACCUUCACAGCAGAGUGGCCACUACCAAGUAUCGGCCAGACACAAAUCGAUCCUGCUAAUCCUGACAGACUGAUACCAGUGACGGAAGCUGAACAACGUGAAGAGUUUCUUCGGAAGAUUCCCCCAGACCACCCUCUGAUGGACCUCAUCAUGCGCUGUCUCAGCAACAACCCUCAGCGAAGGCCUAGAGCAGCGGAGAUAGUGGGUCGGAUGGUGGGUGUGGUACUUGAACACCCUCCCUCCUUUGAGAACAGAAUGGAGAUGCUCCAGCGAGUGAGUGCCCUACUGACAGAGAAGAGAGAGCUUGAGGAGGAGGUUGUGAGGAAGGACUCGGCAAUCCAGGAGAAAGCAGGAGAGAAUGAGGCACUGGCGGAGGAGAAAAAACGACAAGAGGAAGAAAGUGAAAACACUGUCGAGCGUAUGCAUUUAGUGCACUCUGUGGACUGAUCAGUUUAAAUUGGAGAAUGAAGAUCUUAAAGGUCAACUCGAAGAUAAAGAGACAAUUGUUAACAUGAAAGAUACUACCAUCGCUAGGUUAGAAACUCGAUGUAAGCAACUCUCUGAAGAGGUGGAGCAACAAAUUGCCAACGUCAACUACACUCACAACGAGCUUGUAUCUAAAGCUACGAAAAUAGCUCAACUGGAAACAGAUGUCACCAAUCUCGCUGCACAAGUGGAACAGGAGCUAGCUUGUUUAGCUGACAAAAACUCUAUUAUCGCUGACAAAGAUUCAAUGCUUGCCUUCAAUGACAUCUCCCUUCAGAAGAAAAAAACCACCAUUCAGAGUUUAAACGACCAACUGACCAAAACCAGAGACUACCUGACCAGCAAACCACAGUCCCUACAGGUUCAGUUGUCCUACAGUCAGUGCUCUGAGGCUCCAGUGAAGAUGGCUGGUGGGCAAGCGGUGACCAUCAAUGGCAAGGUCUACUAUGGUGGAGGAGCCUGUGAUGACGAUGAUGACGAGUACACUGUUAAAAAUGGGUAGUUACAAUAGCACCCAAAGUGCUAUGCCAACACUCACCUAAUGGUGCUAUCACAACACUAAGAGUGCAGUCGUAACUGCUACGUGUUACUAGAACAAUAAAGGGUGCUAUUAUACACUUAAAAGUGCUUGUGGAACAUUUUAAACAGUGUUGUGCAUGCACUUACCUAGUUGUUAAAAAUCAUAUUACUCUAACUAUACACCAGAUGGUGUUACUCAAAUAAGAAUUGUGUGAUUGUAGCACUAUACAUGGUGCAAUGUAAGCACCUCUACAAAUCAACCUGCAUGCAAAUCAAGGCCAGUCUAUAAUGAUUCGUGUAGUUGCAUGUGUAAAUAAAUAGUUGCUUAUAUAGUAACAAACCCGUUCCAUUAAAAUAGUUGAAUCUGGUAUAAUUAUUAUACCUUUGUAUUCAAGCAUGCAAGAAGAUUAAAAUUAUAGUCACCUUAUUUAUUAUACUUAUUCAGUAUAAAUUCUAAUCACAUGCGUAAUUAUGUAUACAGGGGUGAAGCAGCACACUUGUACUGAUGACGGAACAAUCGGCCCUGUGAGGAACUUUCCAAGAAAAAAUUAGUGCACUUUUCAAGUGUACCGGCAAUAUUUUAGCUAUUCAGUAUUUAUAACUUAUGUGAUGAACCAGUACUAUAGUUAUCAUUAUUAGUUACUGUAAAACUAUGUGUUUGAAGUUGCAACAUCUAUUGAGGACUAGA